AUGCAUUCUCUACUGUUGAUUGUGGGAAUUGGUUCACUUUUUGGCAUCAUUAACACUGACAAAGUGUCACCAGGACCAAGCCUUAAAUCCUUCAGAGACGACUAUGACAGUGUCGCUAAAACGUGUGUGGCUGUUGGAUAUGUUAAGGAUCUCUGUAAAAAGAACCAUGAUAGAAAAAAUAUGGUAAUAGCAUUCAAUGCCAAAUCCAAAGGAGGUGUCCAGACAGUGAGUAAGGGAAACACUGUCAUGUUUGGAGAAGUCGAUCUGAAUGUAGGAGGUGGUUACAACGGGGUUAAAGGAACUUUCAUCGCCCCCAAAUCGGGAGUUUACGUCUUUGAUUGGACAACAAUGACAGACAGUAACAAAGGUGCUUAUACCUCUCUGGUCUUGAAUGGUAAAAUAAAGGCAUAUAUAACCAUUGUAACAACAACAGCCAUCAUAUUAACAUGUCAUGUAGUAAAAUGGCUGUCGUCAGAAUGGAAGCAGGAGAUAAGGCUUGGAUAG